AUGGUGGACCUGGACAGCGAGGUGCCGCCGCUGCCGCCGCGGUACCGCUUUCGGGACUUGCUGCUGGGCGACCAGGGCUGGCAGAGCGACGACAGGGUGCAAGUUGAAUUCUAUAUGAAUGAAAAUACAUUUAAAGAGAGACUAAAGCUCUUCUUCAUCAAAAACCAAAGAUCAAGUUUGAGAAUACGAUUAUUCAAUUUCUCUCUCAAGCUACUAAGCUGUUUCCUAUACAUAGUUCGUGUGCUCCUGGAUGAUCCUACACAAGGACUUGGAUGUCAGGAAUUUAACCGGAGUUGUUCUAAUCAAAACUACACACCUGGAACAAUUGAUUGGUCUCCCAUAAUUUGGGUGAAUCGAAGUUUACCUUUAUGGGGAUUACAGGUGUCUGUGGCUGUAAUAAGUCUCUUUGAAACUCUGUUGCUAAGUUAUCUAAGCUACAAGGGAAAUAUCUGGGAACAAAUUCUGAGAAUACCCUUUCUCCUGGAAAUAAUUAAUGCUGUCCCUUUCAUCAUCACGAUUUUCUGGCCAGUCCUAAGAAACCUGUUUAUUCCUGUAUUUUUAAACUGUUGGCUGGCAAAGCAUGCUUUAGAAAAUAUGAUCAAUGAUCUUCACCGAGCCAUCCAGCGCACACAGUCCGCAAUGUUUAACCAAGUCCUCAUUUUAAUAUCUACCUUAUUAUGUCUCAUCUUCACUUGUAUUUGUGGAAUUCAGCAUCUGGAACGAGCAGGAAACAGGUUGACUCUCUUUGACUCCCUUUAUUUCUGCAUAGUGACAUUUUCUACUGUGGGCUUUGGGGAUGUUACACCCAAGAUAUGGCCUUCAAAGCUGCUUGUUGUCAUUAUGAUCUGUGUGGCUCUUGUGGUGUUGCCCAUACAGUUUGAACAGCUGGCAUAUUUGUGGAUGGAGAGGCAAAAGUCCGGAGGAAACUACAGUAGAUACAGAGCUCAGACGGAAAAACACGUUGUGCUUUGUGUGAGCUCUCUGAAAAUUGACUUACUCAUGGAUUUCUUAAAUGAAUUCUAUGCCCAUCCCAGACUGCAGGACUAUUAUGUGGUUAUUUUGUGUCCUACGGAGAUGGAUGCUCAGGUCCGAAGGGUGUUACAAAUCCCAAUGUGGUCCCAAAGAGUUAUCUACCUGCAAGGCUCAGCCCUAAAAGAUCAAGACCUGUUGAGAGCCAAGAUGGACAAUGCUGAAGCCUGUUUCAUCCUGAGCAGCCGCUGUGAGGUGGACAGGACAGCAGCUGAUCACCAAACCAUUCUAAGAGCAUGGGCAGUUAAAGACUUUGCUCCAAAUUGUCCUUUGUAUGUUCAGAUACUGAAGCCUGAGAAUAAAUUCCACAUCAAGUUUGCAGAUCAUGUUGUAUGUGAAGAGGAAUUCAAAUAUGCUAUGCUAGCUCUAAAUUGUAUAUGUCCAGCUACUUCUACAUUAAUCACUCUGCUGGUUCAUACAUCUAGGGGACAGGAGAGUCAGCAAUCACCAGAACAAUGGCAGAAAAUGUAUGGCAGAUGCUCUGGUAAUGAAGUGUAUCACAUUAACCUGGAAGAAAGUACUUUUUUUGCUGAGUAUGAGGGGAAGAGCUUCACAUAUGCUUCUUUCCAUGCACAUAAAAAGUUUGGAGUCUGUCUGAUUGGUGUUAGAAAGGAAGAUAACAAAAACAUUUUGCUGAAUCCAGGUCCUCGAUAUAUCAUGAGUUCUACUGAUAUAUGCUUUUACAUAAAUAUCACCAAAGAAGAGAAUUCUGCUUUUAAGAAGCAAGAAAAGCAUAGAAAAAACCAUGAAUCAAAAUUGUCUUAUCAUGGAGCUUCCAGGUUACCAGUACACAGUAUAAUAGCCAGCAUGGGGACCGUGGCCAUCGAUUUACAGGACACUGGGUGCCACGGGGCCAGCGGGGCCACCCUGGCCCUCCCUGCCGAGGGCAGCAAGGAGGGCAGGAGGCCCAGCAUAGCCCCAGUGCUGGAGGUUGCAGACUCCUCCUCCCUCCACACCUGCGACCUGCUCAGUGACCAGUCCGAGGAUGAAACCACCCCAUCGGAUGAUGAAGUCUCUGCAGGCUUAGAGUAUGCCAAAGGCUAUCCUCCUUACUCUCCUUAUAUUGGAAGUUCUCCCACCUUUUGUCAUCUUUUGCAUGAAAAAGUACCCUUCUGUUGUCUAAGACUAGAUAAGGGAUGCCAGCAUAACUACCAUGAAGAUGCCAAAGCCUAUGGAUUCAAAAAUAAAUUGAUUAUAGUUGCAGCAGAAACUGCUGGAAAUGGCUUAUAUAACUUCAUUGUCCCACUCAGAGCAUAUUACCGACCAAAGAAAGAGCUAAACCCCAUUGUAUUACUGCUGGAUAACCCGCCAGAUAUGCAUUUUCUGGAUGCAAUCUGUUGGUUUCCAAUGGUUUACUACAUGGUGGGCUCUAUCGACAACCUAGAUGACUUACUGAGGUGUGGGGUCACCUUUGCAGCUAAUAUGGUGGUAGUGGACAAAGAAAGCACAAUGAGUGCUGAGGAAGACUACAUGGCAGAUGCCAAGACAAUUGUGAAUGUUCAAACCCUCUUCAGGUUGUUCUCCAGCCUAAGCAUUAUCACAGAACUAACUCACCCAGCCAACAUGAGAUUCAUGCAGUUCAGAGCCAAAGACUGCUAUUCUCUUGCUCUGUCCAAACUGGAAAAGAAAGAGCGGGAGAAGGGAUCUAAUCUGGCAUUUAUGUUUCGACUGCCCUUUGCUGCUGGCAGGGUUUUCAGCAUCAGCAUGCUGGACACACUGCUUUAUCAGUCAUUUGUGAAAGAUUAUAUGAUUUCUAUCACAAGACUUCUGCUGGGACUUGACACCACACCAGGAUCUGGGUUUCUUUGUUCUAUGAAAAUCACAGAAGAGGAUCUGUGGAUUAGGACAUAUGCCAGACUGUAUCAGAAGCUUUGUUCCUCUACAGGAGACAUUCCAAUUGGAGUCUACAGGACAGAAUCCCAGAAGCUCACAACAUCCGAGUCUCAAAUCUCCAUCAGUGUGGAGGACUGGGAGGACACCAAAGACACCAAAGACCAGUUCAGCUGCCGCAGUAAUCACCGGAACUCGACGUCCAGUGAGCAGUCCGACCACCCGCUGCUGCGGAGGAAGAGCAUGCAGUGGGCACGGCGCCUGAGCAGGAGGGCCCCUAGGCACUCUGCUAAAACUGCUGAGAAGAUCAGCCAGCAGAGAAUGAACCUCUACAGGAGGUCAGAAAGGCAGGAGCUCGCUGAACUCGUGAAGAACAGAAUGAAGCACCUGGGCCUUUCUCCAGCAGGAUACGAUGAAAUGAAUGAUCAUCAGAACACCCUUUCUUACAUCCUGAUCAACCCUUCUCCAGAUACAAGAUUAGAGCUAAAUGAUAUAGUAUACUUGAUCCGACCUGAUCCAUUGACUUAUGUUCCAAAUUCUGGACCCAGCCGAAAGGACAGCUUCUGCAAUACUGUGGGACAAGACACCAGGGAGGAGACACAGCUUUGA